AUGCCUACCGUCCACUUGCUAGACUACGUUGCGGGAAACAUCCGUUCCUUGGUUAAUGCGAUUAACCAAGUCGGAUAUGAUGUGGAAUGGGUUAAAUCCCCAGAGGAUGUGAAGAAUGCUGAUGUUAGCCAAAUGCCCCGAACCAACUUCACCGUGAAACUGAUACUCCCUGGCGUUGGCCAUUUUGGCCAUUGUCUCUCUCAACUGGACAAAGGAGGAUUUUUGGAGCCCAUCCGACAGCACAUCGAAGCGGGGAAGCCUUUUAUGGGGAUCUGUGUUGGUCUGCAAGCCCUUUUCCAGGGCUCAGAGGAGGACAACGACGUUCCAGGGCUUGGCGUGAUUCCUAUGCGCAUUCAAAAAUUCGACGACACAUCGAAGAGUGUACCGCACAUUGGAUGGAAUUCUGCAAUCAACACUGGAUCCGAUGGGACAAAACAUGAAAGCUUUUAUGGUCUGAGGCCGACCAGCAAGUAUUAUUACGUCCACUCCUAUGCGGCCCCCUACAACCCGGGUGUAUUGGAAAGUGACGGCUGGUCUGUGGCUACAGCCAAAUAUGGCGAAGAAGAAUUCAUCGGUGCUAUCAGUCGGGGUAACAUUUUUGGCGCCCAAUUUCACCCGGAGAAGAGUGGCGUGGCUGGGCUAAGGGCCAUACGUGCAUUCUUGAACGGCGAUCAAUUCCAGUCGCUCCCACAGGACCUGAUCACCGGCAAAGAAAAUGGGCUCACUCGUCGCGUUAUUGCUUGCCUUGAUGUUCGGACAAACGACUCUGGUGACCUGGUUGUCACCAAGGGUGACCAAUAUGAUGUCCGAGAGAAGAGUGGAGCAGACGCCGGCGGCAGCGUUCGUAACCUCGGCAAGCCUGUUGACAUGGCUAAGAAAUAUUACGAGCAAGGAGCAGAUGAAGUGACCUUUUUGAACAUCACAUCCUUCCGAAACUGCCCCAUUGCUGAUACGCCUAUGCUUGAAAUCCUGCGACGAACAUCGGAGACGGUCUUUGUGCCUUUGACCAUUGGUGGAGGAAUCAAAGACACCGUCGACACUGAUGGUACCCGGGUCCCUGCUCUGGACGUGGCAACGAUGUAUUUCAAAUCUGGAGCCGAUAAAGUCAGCGUUGGCUCUGAUUCUGUCUUUGCCGCUGAGGACUAUAUUCACGCCGGUAAGAAGUUGAGUGGCCAAACCGCAAUUGAGACGAUAUCAAAGGCCUACGGAAAGCAGGCUGUUGUGGUGAGCGUCGACCCCAAGCGGGUAUAUGUGGAUAAGCCAGAAGACACCCACCACCACACAAUCAAGACCCAAUUCCCCAAUUCAAAUGGGCAAACUUUCUGCUGGUACCAGUGCACUGUCAAAGGUGGCAGAGAAACUCGCGAUAUCGAUGUGCGACAACUUGUGCAGGCCGUUGAGGCCAUGGGAGCUGGUGAAAUUCUUCUGAAUUGCAUUGAUAAAGAUGGAAGCAACAGUGGAUUUGAUCUGGAAUUGAUCAGAGAUGUCAAAGCUUCGAUCAAAAUUCCAGUCAUCGCUUCAAGUGGGGCUGGCGUACCUGCCCACUUUGCAGAGGUCUUCAACAAAACCACCACUGAUGCAGCAUUGGGAGCAGGAAUGUUCCACCGAGGUGAAUAUACCGUGACUCAAGUGAAAGAUCACCUUCAAACUGAGGGGUUCUUGGUCCGCCAAUUUGAGGCUGAGAUCUAA